AUGAAUAUUCAAGAAUGUAAAGCAACAAAAGCUAUGCCAUAUCAAUUGGUGUUUGGACAAGAAGCAUGUUCAAAUUUAUCAAUAAUCUCUAUGUUUUAUCAGCAAAAUAUUAUACACGAAGAAAAUAUUCCAUUAGAGAAUCUACCAUCUAAUAAUGAUAUUCAAUUGUCUAAUCCUCCUAUUCACAGUGAUACUCAAUCAUCUAAUCCUAUAUAUA